AUGGCGAUGCAACCUCAUAGUAAGAAGAGAGUGUGUUAUUAUUAUGACAGUGAUAUAGGGAAUUAUUACUACGGUCAAGGACAUCCCAUGAAACCCCAUCGCAUACGUAUGACCCACAACUUAUUAUUAAAUUACGGUUUAUACAGGAAAAUGGAGAUUUAUAGACCACACAAGGCUACAGCUGACGAGAUGACAAAGUUUCACUCGGAUGAUUAUAUUCGUUUCCUCAGAUCAAUUAGGCCCGAUAACAUGUCUGAAUAUAACAAGCAGAUGCAAAGAUUUAAUGUAGGGGAAGACUGUCCUGUAUUUGAUGGCCUAUAUGAAUUCUGUCAGUUGUCUGCUGGGGGUUCAGUUGCUGCUGCUGUGAAACUAAAUAAACAGGCAUCUGAGAUCUGCAUCAACUGGGGUGGAGGUCUGCAUCAUGCAAAGAAGUCUGAAGCAUCUGGAUUCUGUUAUGUCAAUGAUAUUGUGCUUGGAAUUUUGGAACUUCUCAAAUACCACCAGAGAGUUUUAUACAUUGAUAUUGAUGUUCACCAUGGAGACGGUGUAGAAGAAGCUUUCUAUACUACAGAUAGAGUGAUGACAGUUUCUUUCCAUAAAUAUGGUGAAUAUUUUCCAGGAACAGGUGAUCUUCGUGAUAUUGGUGCUGGGAAAGGCAAAUACUAUGCAGUGAAUAUACCACUGCGUGACGGUAUGGAUGAUGAAUCAUAUGAAUCCAUCUUCGUACCUAUAAUAUCUAAAGUCAUGGAGACAUUCCAGCCCAGUGCAGUUGUUCUGCAGUGCGGUGCUGACUCUUUGACAGGUGACCGUUUGGGUUGUUUUAAUCUGACGGUUAGAGGGCAUGGCCGGUGUGUGGAACUAGUUAAAAGAUUUGGAUUACCAUUCCUUCUCGUUGGAGGUGGAGGUUACACAAUUCGGAAUGUCUCACGUUGUUGGACUUACGAAACAUCAGUCGCUUUGGGCGUCGAAAUCGCAAAUGAGCUGCCUUAUAAUGACUAUUUCGAAUAUUUUGGACCUGACUUCAAACUACACAUAUCACCAAGCAACAUGUCAAACCAAAACACACCAGAAUAUUUAGAGAAAAUAAAGAAUAGACUCUUUGAGAAUUUGAGAAUGUUACCACAUGCACCAGGGGUACAGGUACAAGCUAUCCCUGAAGAUGCUGUAAAUGAUGAAUCUGAAGAUGAGGACAAAGUUGACAAGGAUGAGAGGUUGCCACAAAAUGAAAAAGACAAACGCAUCACUGGUGAUGGUGAGCUGUCAGACUCAGAAGACGAAGGUGAGGGCGGCCGUCGCGACAACCGCUCGUACCGAAACCCACAACCGCGCAAACGCCCUCGCUUAGACAAGGACGUGUCACAGCUUAAAGAUGAAAUCAAAUUGCUUUCAGCUGAAGACUCGAAGGACGACGUCAAAAACAUAAGCAGUGCUGAAGAACCAAAGAAAGACAUAGCGCCAAAUCCCUGA